AUGAACUGUUAUCAAUACAAGAUUGUGUGUCAGGUUAAGUUCGAAGUGUUGACUCUCACCAAUCAUAUUCAAGUUCUCACUCUUCAAAAUCUGCAAAAAGGUGCUCAAGCCACGGAUUUUAGUGCUCAGUAUACAGAGAAACUGAGGUUCCUUCAAGACUUGCUAAUUUCCAAUAAUAUCCGUCCGGAGAAUUUCAAUUUGACUGAUUUUGCGGCAGAAUGUCUCCGCAAUGCCGAUAUUCAAAUGCACAGCUACAUCAACUCAUGCAAUGCACUCGCUCCGGGAAAUGUUCAACAGCAAUAA